GAGUGUGAACCCGUGUGAGCACAUCUUGCAUGCCCGAAAUUCAAAACCGAUAGAUCCCAACCCAUCAGACGUCGAGAUCAUCGUCUUCCUGAACGCCUUACAUCAACGGCCAGACACUCCGCCCACCAACCUAAAUCUCGUUAAGGUCCUACGAUUCGAACAACAGCUCUUUUCUGUUCACGGUUCUGUCUGUUCCCUGUUUUCGCACGUUUCAAUCGGCCCGUCCCGUCCUGGCGCCCUGCUACUGCACCAACUCUACACUUCCGUGGUUCAAUUAUAUUUUUGCUUUACAGGGACAUUUUUCAUUUGCAUCAAGAAGAUAAAAUUUUUCUCCCUCUACCCAGAAACUUCUUCCAUUUCACACACACAAAUCUCACUUCACAAUCUAAGAACCAGACGACCUUACUCACAACAAGAAGAUCCAUCUCUGAAAUUUUUGGACGUGAACCUUUCUCCAAUUGAGACAAUGUCCAUAAACAAUAUGAACUUCUGCACCCCAAUGGCGAUGAGCACGGUCGGCACAUUUGACCGAAGAAACGAUCCUUCUUUCGUCCAAAGUUUAUCGCGACCCGCAAACUCUUCUCGCAGGACUGGUCCUUGGGAACCUCAUGAGGACGAAAGACUGUUGGCAAUUGUCUCAGAGUUAGGAGUUAAACAUUGGAAACUGAUCGGCAUCAGGCACGGCUUAAGGGAUGGGAAGCAAUGUCGCGAAAGAUGGCACAAUCACCUCAACCCUGACCUGAAAUAUGGUCCGCUCACCGCUGAAGAAGACUUGAAAAUAAUCGAAUACCACUCCAAGAUGGGCACAAAAUGGGCGGUGAUGAGUCAAAUGUUGAAUAGACCAGCCAAUUUAAUAAAAAACAGGUUUUAUUCUUCUUUGUCAAAGAAGCGCGAUUUCUCGCAGGUUGAAAAUAAUGACGGCGAAAACGAGCGAUCGUCAUCUCCCAUUUCUAGUUCCGGCGCUCCGAUAUCAUCGAUGAUAAAUUCUCCGAUAUUGUCACAAUUGAAUGCUCUCUCUUCAUCCGAACUUUCAAACUCGGACUCCUGCACCUUUGCGAGUCCCCCCAAAAGGAUUAAGUUCUACCAUGAAAAUAGUCCAAAUCCGGACGUGCCCAAAUCCAAAUAUGAAAUGUGGAUACGCCAAGAACAGAUGUAUCGCGCGCACAUAAAUUCGUGGCACGAUUUACAAACCCCUGCAACAAGUCCAGGGCUCAACGAGGUGAACAAGUUGAACGAAUUUUCUUGUCCAGAAUGUCAACAAUAUUACUCCAACCGACAGUGUCAUCAUGAUAACAAUCGUCACCAACGUCAUCACGAGGAUAGCUACUUUAAUAAUGGGUGCUCACACCGUCGGGAAAAUCGCUUCGCCGACGAAUGUCAUAAUCACCAUCGCAGCCCGCAACAAUAUCAAAGUCGGCGGCAUCUCGAGAACCCCUAUGACAAGUACCAACGACAGCAGAACCAUCACUGCCACAUGUGUACAAAUGACGAUUCAAUUCCGACCCCGACCUACACUCCAAUAUCAUCUCCCAGACCCAUCAGGCACCAUUACCGUUCAAGUGCAUUGGAGCAACUGGCGGACUUGGCCAUAAUGAAUUCAUGUGACUGUCGAACGCACAAAGAUCGAAAUAAUAUAAUGUCAAUAUCCGCGGUAUUGAAUUGA